AUGAAGAGUCUAAGGCGAGACCUGUCUUCCAACCCACAGGCGGCUAAUGUCACCAGCAAGGUCUUCGUCCGCUCCACGAAAAGUGGAAAGGUGCAAAAGAUUGUCCGCGAGCUCUACUUGAGAGAAGACAUCCCAUGUUCUUCUAGGCUCUGCUCGCAAUGUCCCACCAUUGCGCCCGCCGAUGCCAAUGGAAACAUCGCGCCGUUCGUCCUAUCUGAUCGCCCCGCCGGUACAAAGGCAUUCCCCAGCGGCCAUUACCUGGUCCCCGAUACAAAUGCGCUAUUGAAUGGAAUGGAUCUCUUCGAGCACACCGGUGCCUUCUAUGAUGUCAUUGUCCUCCAGACCGUCCUCGAGGAGCUCAGAAACCGAUCGCUCCCCCUCUACAAUCGUCUUCUCGCUCUGAUCAAGUCGGAUGAGAAACGCUACUACUUGUUCUUCAAUGAGUUCCGCCGUGAAACACACGUUCGGAGAGGUCCCGAAGAAACCAUUAAUGACCGGAACGAUCGUGCUGUGCGUCUGGUCGCAAGCUGGUAUGGAUCUCACCUGCAACAAUCGAUCAAAAAGGGAAAGAAAGAGAAGUCGGUUCCCGCAAUUGUGGUCAUCACUGAUGACAAGGAGAACCGACGGAAAGCCAAAGAUGAAGAAAUCACAGCUCUUUCCCUAUCCGACUACGUCUCUGGUUUAGAGGGAUCAGAAAUGCUAUUGGACAUGAUCAGCGAGUCUAAGGAUGCGCGCGAGGCCAAAGAGACAGCUCGUGGCGACCUGUUCUACCCCGAAUACUUUUCCAUGUCCAAGCUCACAACUGGUUUGCGAGCUGGGACAUUGCACCAAGGUGUAUUCAAUGUGUCACCCUAUAACUAUUUGGAAGGCUCCGUCAAAACCUCGGCUUUCGACAAGCCUCUUCUUAUCUUGGGACGGGAUAACAGUAACCGUGCUAUCGCCGGUGACUCUGUCGUCGUUGAAAUCUUGCCCAAGGAGCAGUGGAAGACCCCCUCAACGAAGAUUGUGGAUGAGGAGGCUGUGACUCGCAAUGAUAAUCCUGACAGCGAGGAAACCGAAGCAGUGGUGAACGACAGAGAACGCAAGGCUCUCCAGGAAGAAGUGAAGAAGGCCCAUGGCAAGAACUCAGAAGGAAAGCCCCAACCCACCGCAAAGGUCGUUGGUGUCAUCAAGCGUAGCUGGCGCCAAUAUGUCGGCCAUGUUGAUGAGAGCUCUGCCGGCUCACAAUCCUCGGGCCGGCGACAGCAAAAUGUGUUCUUGUUGCCCAUGGACAAGCGCAUUCCCAAAAUCAGACUGCGCACCAGACAGGCGAGCGAUCUGCUCGGCCAGCGUAUUCUUGUCACUAUCGACUCCUGGGAUCGGGAUUCAAGGUACCCCACUGGUCACUUCAUCCGAUCCCUGGGAGAACUGGAAACCAAGGGUGCUGAAACUGAGGCUCUUCUUCUUGAGUACGAUGUUCAAUAUAAGCCGUUCCCCAAGUCUGUGCUGGACUGUCUUCCAGCCGAAGGACACGAUUGGAAAGUACCGGCCUCCAAGGAAGAUAAGGGAUGGAACGGCCGGAAGGAUCUCCGCGACUUGCUCAUCUGCAGUAUCGAUCCUCCUGGCUGUCAGGAUAUUGAUGAUGCGCUGCAUGCUCGACGACUGCCCAACGGAAAUUUCGAAGUUGGUGUCCACAUUGCAGACGUGUCUCAUUUCGUGAAGCCGAACAACCCAAUGGAUACCGAGGCCAGCGUUCGCGGAACCACUGUCUACCUCGUUGACAAGCGUAUCGAUAUGCUUCCGCACCUUCUCGGUACCGACCUGUGCUCGCUAAAACCUUACGUUGAGAGAUAUGCUUUCUCUGUUCUUUGGGAGAUGACCCCCGAAGCUGAGAUUGUGUCUUCCGACUUCACAAAGUCCGUCAUCCGCUCUCGGGAGGCGUUCAGUUACGAGCAAGCCCAAUUGCGCAUCGAUGAUAAGUCAGCACAGGAUGAGUUGACUGACAGUAUGCGCAACCUUUUGAAGUUCUCCAAGGUCCUUCGCCAGAAGCGUAUGGAUGCUGGUGCUUUGAACCUUGCUUCUCCAGAAGUCCGCAUCGAGACUGGAGACGACGAGGGUGGUGAUCCUUUAACAGAUGUCAAGACCAAGGCGAUGCUUGACACCAACAGUUUGGUCGAAGAGUUCAUGCUUCUCGCCAACAUCACUGUCGGCACCAAGAUUUUCGAAUCCUUCUCGCAGACAGCGUUGUUGCGUCGCCACGCCACGCCACCACCGCAAAACUUCGAGGACCUCAGCAACCAACUGUCCAAGAAGCGGAACAUGGAGAUCGAUGUCUCAAGCUCCAGGGCUCUGGCUGACUCUUUGGACCGCUGUGUGGAUCCCAAAAACCCAUUCUUCAACACUCUGGUCCGUAUCCUGGCAACCCGCUGUAUGACCUCUGCCGAGUACUUCUGCGCGGGUGCCUUUGCCGAAUCUGAAUUCCGUCACUACGGUCUUGCCUCACCCAUCUACACUCACUUCACAUCUCCCAUUCGACGAUAUGCCGAUCUGAUGGUCCACCGUCAAUUGGCUUCCGCGAUUGGCUACGAAGGCGAAGACGGACACGCUGUCAUCGAGGGUGUCUGCACCCGCAACAAGCUCGAAGACAUCUGCCGCAACAUCAACGUGCGCCACCGCAAUGCGCAAUUCGCUGGCCGUGCUAGUAUCGAGUACUACGUGGGCCAGGCUCUCAAGGCCCGUGGCGAGAAGAUGGCUGCUGACGGUGUCGAUGCAGGCAUCGAAGAGGAAGGAUAUGUGAUGCGUGUAUUCGAGAACGGAGUCGUUAUCUUCGUCCCUCGCUUCGGUAUCGAAGGUGUUGUUCGCCUGGAAGACUUCGUGCUGCCCGGUGAAUCUGGAGCACGCUCCGUUGCCGAGCGCCGCGAGCUGGUCCCUCACCGAACUACAGACUUUGACAGCGAAGAGUAUACGCUUCGUGUGGAAGAGAAGAACAACGCGGAUAAGGCACGGAGUGUGACAGUGGAACUUUUCCAGCGGGUUCGUGUCAAUGUCAGCUCCGUCAAGGAAGAAGGCCGUGGAGCCGGCAAGCGCAGAGUCCGGAUUUUGAUCAUCGAGGCAUGA